UGUUUUAAAAGACCUAACGGUUCACUUAUGCUGGUGUUUUGCGUUCAGCUUGGCUGGAACAGAAGUGUUUGUGUAUAGCACAGUGAACAUGUAUUAGCGCUUGAUGAUCGCAGAGGAGAUAGAGGGUUGGGAAGAGGUGUUUUAGUUGUUUGGGAUCUUGAUUGUGGAGGAUCUGGAUGUGAUUUUAAUAUUCCUGGAACAUCUGCGUCUGUGGAACAAGAGCAAAAACCUUGAGCGGGUUUAUGAGAGGCAAGCAGCCGUGAGAGAAAUCGAGGCGAAGGAAGCGUGUGAUUGGCUACGAGCGGCAGGGUUCCCUCAGUACGCUCAGCUUUUUGAGGACUCGCAGUUCCCGAUAGACAUCAGUCCAGUGAAGAGAGAUCAUGACUUCCUAGAGAAGGACCUGGUUGAACCCCUUUGCAGGCGUCUGAUCACCUUGAACAAGUGUGCCUCUAUGAAACUUGAUGUUAAUCUCCCAAGGAAAAAGAGUGAAGAUUCUGACGAGGAGGACGUGUUCGCCAUCAGCGACCGAUGGACCUUUGAGUGGACCAGCCGCAGGUGGUCCCGCCUUCAGGACAUAGACGGUUUCCUUGGCAACCAGGGGGAGGGGCUUCCCAACGGCGGGGGCGGGGCUCCCCUGAAGGCGGCCACCAGCAGCGAGAGCGUUCUGACCGACCUCAGCGAGCCCGAGGUGUCGUCGCUGCACAGCGAGAGCAGCGGCGACAGCGCCCCGACGGGGGGGCCCAGCACCGAGGACUCGGACGGCUCCAACCAGACCGGCUCCGACUCGGCCGCCAUGCCGGACCCCACCGCCGUCGGCCUGUCCCACAUCUCCAGGGACGGCACCGGCUACGGCUCCCUGCCCCGGAGGCACGCCCGGCUGGGACGCACGCGCGCCAAAGACUUCCUGAAGCGCAUGGAGACACUGCGGUCCCGGGGGGCUCUGACCGGCAGCCGCAAAACGCCGUCGAUAGGCGCCCCCGUUCUGCAGGACCCCCCGCCGGGGCUGAAGAGCGUCCGAUGCGUGGAGACCGUCGACGGGGAGAUACCGCCGCCGCCGCCGCCGCCGCCGCCGCCGCCACCGCCGCCGCCACCGCCACCGCCUUCGGGGGUCCGGACGGCGUUCUCCCAGUCGACCAGCGAGGGCAGCAGCUGCGCCUCCAGCGGCAGCGCGGCCAGCACCCCCAGCCUGAAGGAGCGCAAGGCCACGCGGGCGGACCACAAGCGCAGCGGCAUGUACCUGGAGGACCUGGACAUCUUCUCCUCGGCCGGCCAGGUGAAGAGGGUCGCCGAGCAGAACCGCCGCAACGAGUUCUGCUCCCACGAGGACCUGGUGGUCCACAUCCCCAAGGACCACAAGCCCGGCACCUUCCCCAAAGCCCUGUCCAUCGAGAGCCUGUCGCCCACCGUCAGCGCCGCCGUGAUCCCCAACGGCAAAGUCGCCCCGACGAACUGGCACCAGGCGGGCGUCCGCCUCGUCUCCCCGGCGGCGGCGGCGGCGGCGCCCGCCCCCGGCGCCAAGGAGCCGCGGCCCAUGACGCAGUGCUGCUCGCGGGGCAGCCGCAUCAGCGUGUACGACAACGUGCCCGGGUCCCACCUGUACGCCAGCACCGGGGACCUGAUCGACAUGGAGAAGGAGGACCUCUUCCCCCACCUGGACGACAUCCUGCUCCACGUCAACGGCCUGCAGCAGAUCGUGGACCGCUGGUCCCAGAACGUGCUCCCCGCGGCCGAGGCCGAGAGCCAGGGCGUCGUCCGGGGGGGGGGGGACGCCGGCUCGGGGCCGCGGUCCCCCGGGCGGAUCGCUCUGGACUUUGAGGCGGACGCGGCGACGGAGGGCCAGCGCACGCCCAGCAACGGAGAGCGGGACCAGGUGUCGCUGGCGGAGCUGGAGGGGAGCCGGGUCCGGGAGAGACGGGACUCCGGGGUCGGAGCGUCGCUGACCAGACCCAGACGGUUACGAUGGCCAAGCUUCCAGAUAGCCAAUCGGCUCAGCCUCUCGGUGGCGUCCCUGCAGAUCACCAACCAAUCAGCAGGCCAGCUGAGUCUGCUGCAGAAGUUCUCCCUGCUCCGCCUGACGGCCACCAUGGAGAAAUACUCCAUGUCCAACCGCCACGGCUGGACCUGGUCCGUGCCAAAGUUCAUGAAGCGGAUGAAGGUACCGGACUACAAGGACAAGAACGUGUUUGGGGUCCCCCUCAUCGUGCACGUGCAGCGGUCGGGUCAGCCGCUGCCCCUCAGCCUGCAGCAGGCCCUGCGGUACCUGAGGAGCCAGUGUCUCGACCAGGUGGGCUUGUUUCGUAAGUCGGGGGUGAAGUCUCGGAUCCAGGCUCUGCGGCAGAUGACCGAGAACUCCCCGGACAACGUCAACUACCAGGACCAGUCGGCCUACGACGUGGCCGACAUGGUGAAGCAGUUCUUCAGAGACCUCCCGGAGCCGCUGCUGACCAGCAAGCUGGGGGAGACCUUCCUCCAUAUCUACCAGUAUGUCUCCAAGGACCAGCGGCUGCAGGCCGUUCAGGCGGCCAUCAUGCUGAUGUCGGACGAGAACCGCGAGGUGCUGCAGACGCUCCUCUGCUUCCUCAGCGAUGUCACUUCCUCCGUGGAGGAGAACCAGAUGACCCCCAUGAACAUCGCCGUGUGCCUGGCCCCCUCCCUCUUCCACCUCAACCUCCUGAAGAAGGACAACCUCUCCCCCCGGGCCUUGCAGAAGAAGUACGCCACGGGCCGACCGGACCAGAAGGACCUGAACGAGAACCUGGCGGCGACGCAGGGCCUCGCUCACAUGAUCACGGAGUGCAACCGUCUGUUCGAGAUCCCCCACGAGAUGGUCACCCAGUCCCGCAACUCGUACGUGGAGGCGGACCUCCACGCGCCCACCCUCAGCGAGCUGUGCCGGCUGCUGGAGGAGGACGACGGGUCCCUGCCCACCCACAUGGAGACGCGGCUGCAGAGCCUGCUCCGGGAGGCACGCGAGAGGUCCAAGUACUGGGUCUCCUGCAGCAGCUCGGACAACACGGAGCUCUGCUACAAGAAGGUGGGCGACGGUAACCCGCUGCGUCGCUGGCGGGUGUCCGUGGAGGUGGAGGCCCCGCCCUCGGUGGUGCUGAACCGCGUGCUGCGCGAGCGCCACCUGUGGGACGUGGACCUCCUUCAGUGGAAGGUGACGGAGACGCUGGACAGACAGACGGAGGUGUUCCAGUACGUCCUCAACCGCAUGCCCCCCCACCCAAGCCGGGACUUUGUGGUGAUCAGGUCAUGGCGGACGGACCUCGCUAAAGGAGCGUGUUCGCUGGUGUCGGCGUCGGUGGAGCGAGAGGACAGCCCCCUGCUGGGAGGGGUCCGGGCAGUGGUCCUGGAGUCCGGCUACCUGCUGGAGCCCUGUGGCUCCGGGAAGUCCCGCCUCACGCACGUCUGCAGGGUGGACCUCAAAGGGAGGACUCCUGACUGGUACAACAAGGUGUUUGGUCACAUCUGCGCCGCCGAAGUCGCACGCAUCCGCAACUCCUUCCGGCCAAUCAUCGCCGACGGACCCGAGACCAAGAUCUGAGCUCCGUCCUAUCACGCGUCAGCCCCGGCUCAGUCCAGACCCCAAAGGAUUCUGGGUCGGAGAGAAGCCAGACGUCGGUCCGAGUCCGCACUAAAGCACAGUCUGUUAGUCGUUUGUAAGUCUAGUCGUUUGUUUGUUGUUGUUUGUUUUGGUCGACCCACCAGAGAGAACUUUUCUGGACUGUAUGGACUAAAGGAGGUUGACUUGUCGGGGCUUGACCACACAACCCAAAGGGAAAAUAAAUGAAUCCUGCCAUCGUCUCCAGACCUAGGACCGUUCAUAUGUUAAUUCAUGUGUUCAUGUUGAUGAUGCUGUAUAAUAUAAUUAUAAUUGUCAUUAAUAAUAUUAUUGAUGCUGUAAUCUACAAUGUCUAGGACAUCUAGAAUCUGAAAGGCUUCUGGGAAGCGUAUGUAUUUUUAGUAAUUUCUAAUGUAUGCCAUACUUAAUAAUGUGUCAAAGAUUGUAUAUGUGUGAAUAAGAUGUACAUGCAAACAAAAUGUGUAUAUAUAUUAUAAUAUGUGAAAGGGUUAAUAUGGCAAUCUUAAUUUCCUAUAUAUUGAUUGUUGUGUUGUCUCUGCCUUCCUGUAAUAUGUAUUGGUACGAACUGUAUGAUGUUUAUACUGCAGUAUUGCUGUUUGGAAUGUCCGUAAUUUUAUUCAACUAAGACCUCUUUUUAUGGUUGGGAAAACAAUGACAUAAGGUUUGAUUUGAUCAUCCCUGCUUUAGAUUACUUGGCUGUUUUGUCAAGUACCAGAGCAUUUUUUUAAAUAAAUGUUUUAAAAUGUUUAA